AUGUCGGAUAUUCCUACAGAUCAAAUAACCCCCGUGCAUCAAACACAACAACAAACACCUAGAAUUCCACCACAAAUCGCCGAUGGUGACACAAUGGAAAGACUUUUUCAAGCCUUAUUUUAUCGUAUUGCUGUUAUUUAUGCUCGAGCCAUUCCUAAAUAUGUUCGGCGAUUAGGAGAAACUGCGAUACUUGUUAUGGCAAUUUGUUGUAUUGGCUUACUUAUUUAUCUACAUCUUGUAUUUAAUCAAAAACCUGUAACAUGUCUAUCACAUUUACAUAAAACAUGGCCAAGAGAAGGUGUUCUUCGUGUUGAGUUAUUUUUAGAAACACCACCGAAAAAUUACAAUCUACAACAAUCGUAUACUAAGGAAUAUCAAAAUAAUUAUGUUCAUAAUCGUAAUAAUAAUGAAGAAUAUUUGAAUUCAUCUAAACAAUUAAUAAUAAAUCUUCCAGUGACUAAUAUUUCUACUGAGCCGAAAGAAAAUUCUGUAGAAGAAGAAUCUUACGCCAAUAUGAGUAUAAAUUUUUCAUUAACAUCUCCAAUAAAAACAUGGAAAAAUUUGCUGAUAAAUGAUCCAUUUACUGAAGUAAUGAAUGAUAGUUCUGCAUUCGUUAAUAGUUAUCAAUAUGACGAUGAUAAUGACGAGCACAAGGAUGACUCUCUAUUUCAUUCUCUACAUGAUUAUUUACUUAAUGCCGAUUGGCUUCAACAAUUAUUAAUUGAAGAACAACACAUUCUUGAAUAUUCGCUAGAAUAUGGAUUUUUACGUUUACGACCAGAAACUCGUCAAAGACUCAAUAUUCAAGUAUUACUUGUCACAAUAGAUGUAACAAAUAAUACAUGCUUCGGUGGUGGCCUUAGUCGAUUUAUACUUGAUCAUUUUAUUGGCUAUGAAGAAAUCCUAAUGUCUAGUAUCAAACAAUUGGCCGAAAAAGAAACUCAUAAAGGUUACGUUCGAAAUGUAAUGACAAAUGAUCAUUUUCGUUUCGUCAGCUCAUGGCAAAGUCGUCGAUUGUGGACUUAUUCAGUUGCUUUAUGUAUCAUGAUUGUUUUUACAAUUAGUAUAUCAAUGUUACUUCGAUAUUCACAUUUUCAAAUAUUUCUUUUCAUCGUUGAUCUGUUACGUAUGAUUGAGCAUAACGCAUCCGUUAUAUUUCCUGCUGCUCCAUUACUGACUGUCAUUUUGGCACUUAUCGGUAUGGAAGCGAUUAUGUCAGAAUUUUUUAAUGAUGCAUCAACAGCUUUCUAUGUUAUUCUUAUUGUAUGGAUAUCGGACCAAUACGAAAGUAUUUGUUGUCAUACGUUGAUAAGUAAACGUCAUUGGGUUCGAUUUUUUUAUAUAUAUCAUUUUGCAUUUUAUGCAUAUCAUGCUCGUUACAAUGGUCAAUAUUCUGGAUUAGCUUUGACAACAAGUUGCUGUUUUAUUUUUCAUUCAAUGUUAUACUUUUUCCAUCAUUUUGAAUUACCUGUCAUCGAAGCCCAGCUUGUUCAUAUACUAGUUGAUCAAAAUAUAGUAACGCAAACCACAUCCACAACAGACACAACUGAAACAACAACAACAACAACGACAACAACAACGACGACGACGACGACAGAGCACAGAAACAAUAGAGAAGAAACCCCGACGAUAAUAACUUGA